AUGUCUCAAGUGCAAGCUGCCGUAUUGGCCGAUGCACCUACGCUCGGCGCUAUGCAACUGAAUGCCUUUGACGACGGCCACUUCGAUGACAUGUUCCCCCAACCCUACGUCGUCGCGGCCUGGGAAAACUUUGUCCGGCCUUCUGAGACGGCUGAGCAUGGCUUGGAAUCUCGUGUUGGUGUGAUUCGCGACGAAUCCGGCACGGCAAAAGGCGCGUGCUUGUUGCAUAUUGCGCGGGAUAAAGACGCCCUCGCGGCGCUGUACAGUCCCUGGGAAACAAUCUGGGGCGCGCCGCUGCCGGGCAUGAAUACGGCGAAGCUGGAUGAGUUUUUCGGGGGGAUGACGGCGCAGCACAAAGCCGUCCUAGGAGACACGCCUCAUGUCUACGUGGAAAUUGUCAUGACGCAUUCGACGGCGCGGGGGCGAGGCCACAGCCUGACGCUGCUGAAGUGGGCGAGCGACAUUGCGGAUGAACUGGGACUGCCGCUAUAUCUAAACUCGGAUAAGGAUGUCGUGGGACUGUAUGAGCGCGUCGGGUACGUGAGGCAGCCAGAGGAGGUGAGGACGAGCAAGAUGGUGCCGAUGUUGCGGCCGGCGGUCGAGGCGUGA